AUGAAGUCAUUCCUAGCUUUGAGGCCAGUAUUGUUUAAAAGGGAACUGCUGCUUGCUGCUGCAAGCAACCGUGGGAGGUCUUUUGCACUGUGCACUGCCGCUGCCACCACCAGUCAAAAGAGAGUCAAGCUCAGUGUGAGAGGGUACAGUACGAAGAAGAGUGUGAGUGUUGGGGGUGGUGGGCUCAAGGUGGAGGUUGAGGGGGGGAGGAAGAAGAGGGAGAGUUUGGACAACUGCCGGUGCGCGAGCUGCAUUAAUCAGGAUACGAGGCAGAGGAAUUUCAAUACUUUUGCGAUUCCUGCGGAUAUCAAACCUGAGAGUGUUAGCUCGACGGCGGAGGGGGUUGCUGUCAAGUGGUCCGACGGCCAUGAGAGCAACUAUGACUGGGACUUCAUCCAGCACUACGUGAAGGAGGACAAGAGGGACAGAAGCGUCACCCAGGACCAGCACUACUGGGGCGCGGAAAUAGCCUCCAACCCACCCACCAUCUCCUACAACGAAGUGAUGAACUCUGACCAAGGCGUGGCCGACCUCACAGCAAAGAUCCAAAAAUACGGCUUCUCCUUCAUCUCCUCCACCCCCUCCCACGACCCGGACCUAACCCGCCAGGUCCUCGAGCGCAUCGCCUUCAUCCGCCUGACCCACUACGGCGGCUUCUACGACUUCAUCCCCGACCUCGCCAUGGCCGACACGGCCUACACCAACCUCGCCCUCCCCGCCCACACGGACAACACUUACUUCACCGAUCCCUCCGGCCUCCAAGCGUUCCACCUCCUCUCUCACACCCCUCCCCCGGGUGUUUCUGCCGAGACCGUCCAGGGCGGUGCUUCCUUGUUGGUGGACGGUUUCAACGCCGCCAAGGUGUUGAAAAAGGAGGACCCAAAGGCGUAUGAGAUUUUGACUCAAGUCCGACUGCCCUGGCAUGCGAGCGGGAACGCGGGGAUUACGAUCACCCCGGAUAGGUUGUAUCCCGUGUUGGAGGUGGUGGAUGGGGAGCUGGGGAGGGUGAGGUGGAAUAAUGAUGAUAGGGGGGUUGUGCCGUUUGGGGAGGGGUAUACUCCCGAGGAGUGGUAUGGGGCGGCGAGGAAGUGGGAUGAGAUGCUGAGGAGGAGGGAGAGUGAGUAUUGGGUGCAGUUGACGCCGGGGAGGGUGCUUGUGUUUGACAACUGGAGGGUUAUGCAUGGGAGGAGUGCGUUUGAGGGGAUUAGGAGGAUUUGUGGGGCUUAUAUCAACAGAGACGAUUGGAUCUCGAGAUGGAGAAACACCAACUUUGACAGGAAGAAGGUGUUGGACAGUGUAAUCGGGUAG